AUGGCAGCGCCCGCGCCCAUCCAGGACCGCACGACGGAGUUCCGCUCGAUCCUGAGCCAGGCGCAGAAGCGACUCGCCUCGUCCAAGGCCAGCGGGCGGCAGAGUCUCCAGGCCAGCUCGACGGGCAGGACGAGCUCAGCAGACGUCCCGGCGGCGGGCAGUCGGCCGGCGCGCUCUGAGUUUGCCAGACGGGCGGCAGAGAUCGGGCGUGGGAUAGCAUCGACGACGGGGAAGCUCCAGCGGUUGGCCCAGCUGGCCAAGCGGAAGUCGCUGUUCGACGACAGGCCAGUCGAGAUAUCCGAGUUGACCUAUGUGAUCAAGCAGGAUCUCUCCUCGCUGAACUCCCAGAUCGCCUCUCUACAGUCCCUUACGCUGGCACAGCAUCCCAAGUCGUCACGGAGCAGGGCAGACCACGAAGGGGAACACAAUGACAACGUCGUGGUGCUGUUGCAAGGGAGGCUGGCGGACGUGGGAGCCAACUUCAAAGACGUGCUCGAGGUCCGGACGAAGAACAUCCAGGCCUCGCGGUCACGGACAGAGAACUUUGUCUCCACUGUUUCAUCGAGAUCGCACGCCCUGGACCCUCAACGCUCCGACUCCCCGCUGUAUAAUAGCGGCAGCACCAGCAACAUCAGCAACAACGGCGUGUCUCGCAGCCGGAGCCCACAGCCAGGCUACCGCCCUGGCUCGGCGGACCUGCUCACCCUGGACCCAUCGUCGUCGUCGGCGAGCGGGACGGGCGGCAUGCACUCCGACCAGCAGCUGCUGAUGAUGGAAGAGGCCCAGCCUGCAAACACGUACAUCCACGCGCGCGGCGAGGCCAUCGAGGCCAUCGAGCGCACCAUCAACGAGCUGGGCGGCAUCUUCGGCCAGCUGGCCACCAUGGUCAGCGAGCAGUCCGAGAUGAUCCAGCGCAUCGACGCCAACACCGAAGACGUCGUCGACAACGUCCAGGGUGCCCAGCGCGAGCUCAUGAAGUACUGGUCGCGUGUCUCUGGCAACCGCUGGCUCAUCGCCAAAAUGUUCGGCGUCCUCAUGAUAUUCUUCCUUCUCUGGGUCCUUAUCUCUGGGUAA